AGUACAUGGACUAAUAGUAAAUUUUAACCUUUUAUUUUUUAAAAUAAUAAAUGGAACCUUACGGCCUGGACAUGAGCAGGCUAUCUUCUUCCUCUUUAUAUUCUCCCCUUUCCCACCCUACUCUGUUCUUAUUUCUUUUCCCUUCAUUUUUACGCUGCAAAAACCUCAUAUAUUUUCGCUGUUUUUUUUUGUUCAUUUAAGAUUUUUUUUUUUUUAAAAGUUGAGGGGAAAGCGGCGAUGAAAAUGAGCAAUAAUGUAGGGCAAUUCGGUGAUACAACAUUAACCAAAGUUUUCGUGGGAGGUUUAGCGUGGGAAACUCCUCAAGAAGCCAUGAGAGAGCAUUUUGAGAAAUAUGGUGAGAUCCUUGAAGCUGUCAUUAUUUCUGAUAAAAUCACUGGCAGAUCCAAAGGUUAUGGAUUCGUUACUUUUAAGGAUGCUGAAGCUGCAAAGAAGGCUUGCGAGGACGCUGCUCCUAUCAUUAACGGCCGUCGUGCCAACUGUAACAUCGCCUCCCUCGGUGCUCGCCGCCCGAGGUCCGCCUCCUCUGCUCCUCCGCCGCAACAAGGGUCAAACGUUGGACCGAGGGCCACGCCAGUUGCUCCAGCCAAUCAGGUGCAGUGGUAUUACCCGGCUGGGGCAGCAGCACCGCCGUUUCACCAUCAGCACCAUCAGGCCGUUCCUUUUUACGGGUACUCUCCUACCUACGUUGCCACAAACAUCAGCUACAACCAUAAGCUAAGCUACAAUGGAGGAUCCUACAUGAAUGGGCAUUUGUCUCAAUUAUAUCCAGCAGGGCAAGCUAUUGUAGGUGCCAACACAUUGAUGCCAGUGUACCCUUUUUAUCACUACCAUCAAUCACAAACAUUGGGAUUUCCAUCAUCACCAGCAUCAGCCGCUCACACCUUCCCAUCACCAACAGCAUGGCCCAUCAGCAAUUGCUCCUAGUUCAGGUAGAAUUGGAGGAGCUGGUGAAAGUUUUAAGAAGGUUGGGUGAAGAAAGAAGGAAAUCUGGCAGCGACAUUAUUCUCUGAUAUUUUUCCCUUUUUUCAAUAUGUAUUUAAGUAAUAUUUAUUUUAUUAAUAUUUUUAUUCUUAGAUGUUUGAUAAAA